AUGGAUACUCAUUUAUACUCAAUUACUAAAGAAGUGGCUACUGUUAUUAAUAUAGAUUUGAUUAGUUAUAAUGAUGAACUACAGACAGCGAGUGUGAAUGUUACAAGACCGGAUGGAGACUUUGACAAUGUACUGUUGAAAUGUCGUCCGACAGAUCAGAUAUGUCCCAAAUUGUUUUCGAAUACAAGCACACAAAUAUACACUGAAACAAAUUGUUCAACUACAACGCAAUAUUGUAGUGUUUCAUUUGAUAAUAUUGUAGCUGGUAAUAACUAUUCAUGUAAUGCAACAACAAUAAAAGAAAAUUUUGAUAAUCAAACGUCCGAUGGUCUUCAACUGAAAUUACAACUUAUAACCGUUGACCACAAUAUGUCAAAUUCUUCUAAGGAGGGUAAUAUGUUAGUAAAUAUUACACCACACAGCGAUUUUGAACGAAUUAAUGCAAUAUGUAUUGCUGAAAAUACAGAAGAUAUAUGCUCAAAUAUAACAUCAAGCACAGAAAAUUGUUCUACACAGAUCAUGUUAAAUGGUACACUUGGAUGUCGUUAUUCAUGCCAAUUUACUACAUUUAAAAGGGGUUAUAUCAUUAAAACAACACUGCCAUUUAACGUGACUAUAUAUCCACCAAAAGCCCUAAUUAAUCAAUCGAUAUUUGGAAAAAACUUUGUAUUUUUAAAUUGGUCAAUUUAUGAACCGGCACAUAUUGAUUAUUUUUUACUUAAUAUUAAUGAUACCUUAAAUCCGACAUAUGUAAAUAAAUUACAGCGUUCUUAUAAUUAUACAUAUUUACAACCCAAUACAUACUAUUAUCUUGAAUUGAUCACUGUAUCCAAUCUCAAUGAGACAUCUGAUAAAGUAGUUAACACAACUCUAGUAGAUGCACCUGAAGUAUCAUCUGAAGCAGAAAAAAAAAUUUAUCUAAUUAACGCAUUUACAACACAAACACAGCAAACUAUUGUCAUUGACAAAACAUUAUUUAAUGAAACUAAUGGUUUGAUAAUCAUAUACAAAAUUUAUGUUAGACAAGAUCAAAGUAAAAAUAAUUCUGUUCCAGAUUUUUAUGGUACUUAUGAACUUGCAAAAACGAAUAUAUCCAUUGACUAUCUGGCCAUUGAAAUUGAAAAUAUGAGUAGACAAACUAAAAAACAAAAUCUUACGGUUUUAAUUGGUAAUGAUACCUGUCAAAGUGGAAGAAUAUGUAAUGGUCCAUUGAGAUCAAAUACAGUUUACAAAGUAUUAAUUGGUGGUUGUACUUCUUCAAAUUUAGUUGAUUGCACUUAUGUUUUAUCAACAGCAUUCAAAACAAUGUCACCUAUAAUUGUCGCUCCAGAUUCAACUUCAAUUGCGUGGGUAGUCAUUUUUCCAUUAUUAGUUGUUAUUUUUGUUAUUGGUCUUAUUAUUUGGAAACGAAAAUUAAUUAAACAAUGGAUACGUUAUAAAAUAUCCGAAAAAAAACUGUAA